AUGGCGCCCGCCAAUCAAUGUGCUGACCGGCUCGCAGAGUUCCCAGCUUAUUGGUUGGAGCGCCCAGAGCUCUUUGCUGAGAUACAAGAAGGUGUGGAUGCUGAGGAUCGCGCUCUUCGCGUGUUGAAAUGGUUUAUUGCUACACUCAAGGGUCAAUACACGUCUAGGAACGAGAAGAUGGGUUCGGAGAAGAAGCCCCUCAACCCGGUUCUUGGAGAGCUCUUUUAUGGAUCGUGGCCUGACAAAAAUGGUCGAGGCGAGACGAAGCUGCUGGUCGAGCAAGUUUCGCACCAUCCACCAAUCACGGCUUACUACAUCACGAAUAAGUCAAAGAACUUGACUCUCCAAGGUCAUAAUGCGCAAAAGACGUCGUUCUCAACAGGUGCUAUCAUUGUCAAGCAGGUCGGACACGCUGUCUUGACCUACGAACCCCCAGGCAGGCCUGUCGAGAAAUACCUCAUCACACUUCCGAAGCUCAGGAUCGAUGGGCUGUGGUAUGGUGCUCCAUACAUCGAGCUCACGGAUAAUGGAUACAUCCAGUCGUCUACUGGUUAUCUCGCUUCGAUUGAGUACAAAGGCAAGGGGUAUUUCUCCGGCAGAGCGCAUUCAAUCAAGGCAUCUUUCGGUCUUGCCGCAAACCCUCAAGCGCCUUCUGUUGUCGUUGAAGGACAGUGGGACACUAUCACGAAGGUCACAUCGGUUAGCGGUUGCAAGCACGUCAAAUCGGGCUCCGUAUUCACCGACGUGACCACACCCAAAGAAGAGGUUACAGUAAUUCCCACAAGUGAACAAGGAGAGUGGGAGAGCCGAAAGCUUUGGGAACAGGUCGCUAACGGCAUCAAAUCUGGUGACUUUACAAAGGCUAGUCAGGAAAAAACCAAAAUUGAAAACGAACAAAGGCAAAGAAGACGCGAUGAGCAAGCAGCUGGGACUCCUUGGCAAUUGAAGCACUUUGUACACGUGGAGGCGGACCCUGACUACGUCGCUUUGGCCGCAAUGUUUGAGGGAGUAGGAGUCCUGCCCACCGAGGAUGCGUACAUUUAUCAACCAACUUCGGAAGCAGCAUGA